AUGCGUCUCUCAGGACCCAUCGGUUUAACUGUAGCCCUCGCAGCUACCGGCGCCCAGGCAUGCCUAGAGAUAAAUGGGUGGUUCCUCUCAGGCAUCUAUUCCGGACAGAACAAGAAGCCCUUCCGUGCAGUCGACAAUGGGGGGCAAGCUGUUUGUGAGACGGACAACUGCUCGAGACUCGAUCGAUGCGAUCUGAACUGCAGAGGAAACGUUAACAACGCAUAUGUCGAGAAGAUGGAGAAGUUGUACUGGAACACAAACCAUGGCAACUUCGUCGUCGAUCUUCACCCGAAAGUCAAUACCAACUGCGAGAGGUGGUGCGGCAUCGCGGGAGGCACAACGUGCUGCGGCUACGCGUUGGAGUUCAUCGUUAACACGAGGGCGUUCUGCUAA